CAUUGACAUAGCGAUGCUUCUUGAACAGCAUACUCAUCUUGAGAGACACCAGAUUUCUGAAAGAUGUUCUCCACCAUGGGGUUUCCGUCGAAAGAUGAAGACAAUCAAGGAUGGAAGCUUUACUUGACUUCUCUAAUCAUGAUCCUUGCCGCUGGACUUAUCGUUAUUGCCAGGGUCGUGAUACGACUCCAGAUCGGUGUGAAGUUACAACUUGACGAUUAUACAAUUAUAGCGUCCUUGGUGAGUCGAGCACACGAAUGCACACAAGUGAUUUCGGUUGACAUGCCUCAGAUGUUCUCCAUUUUAUUGUCCAUCACCAUCCAGUUGUCCGUAGCCCAUGGCUAUGGACAGCAUAAGGUUGACCUUUCGACCGAAGAACUGCAUACAUGCCUCAAGUUCUUCUGGGUUGCGCAGACGCCCUAUAAGAUCGUGGUGUGUUUGAAUAAAGUAUCCGCUAUAUUAUUGUACAUGCGUAUCUUCAUCUCGCGUCACUUUCGAUGGCUGUGCUGUGGCGCGCUCGCAAUUGUUGUUGGCUCAGGGAUCGCGACGGUUUUCGCGACCAUUUUCCAGUGUGUGCCACUACAGCGGUCUUGGGAUAAAAAUGUCGAGGGAACUUGCAUCGAUAGCUCGAAAUUCUGGCUGGCCAAUGCGGUGCUGAAUAUCUUCACAGAUGUGAUCGUAUUGGCACUGCCUAUCCGCGAGGUCUCCAAGCUCCAGCUGAAACUUCAAGAAAAGAUUAUGCUGCACAGUGUAUUCUUGUUAGGUAGUUUUGUCACAAUAACAUCUAUCCUACGCGUCACGGCUGUAGCCAAUAGCGUACGCAACCAACAAGACCUGACAUGGAAUUUCAUCGAGCGAGGCAUCUGGACCAUGAUCGAAGCGAACUUGGGCAUUAUCUGCGCAUGUCUACUCGUGUUAAAACAAGUGGUGAAGCGCUGUUUCCUGUCCGUGUUGGGAACGAUUCCGAAUGUCAAAUACGGUUAUGGACCUGGAACCAGCGGCACUGUAGGGCCUGCCAUUGGAAUCUCUAAGCGAGAGACACAGAAACACUUUAGGCUCGACGAUGUGGUGGACGACGAGCACACGUGUGGGCGCGAGAUGAACGAUAUCUAUACGUGGAAGUCGCAGUGAUGUAUCUAUUUCCCGGUCAUUAAUCUAGCUAUUCCGUCCAUGCAGGCC